AACUCUACUCCGUUGCAGCUUAUCAGUAAUUGGUAGUUCAAGAUAUACACCUUCAAAUCAUUUCUAUAUUAGAGUAAAUUAAGUAAUAUACACUACAAAUAUGGAACCAGUGAAUGAUUCACAACAAUUGAAUCAAAAUAACACCCCACAACAAGAGUUAGCUGCAGCAGAUCAACCAUUAUCAGAUGACGAAGACAACAAUCCUUUCAUACAUCAAGGCUUAGGUAGUCUCGUUAGCCAGACGUCAAAUGGUGCCAAAACAAACGACAAACCAGGUGAAGUAGCAGAUCCUGACGAAGACGACGAAUCUAUGCUCCUUUACAAUUCAAAUAUGGCCACCGGCACGUCAGCAACUGCAUCAACAACAAAGAAACCCCAUGAAACUUUCAAUACUGUACAAAUGAACUUUGAAAGCCGAGUCACCAAGUUAUUAAAACCUAACAACAAGGUCAAGGCGCAAAUCACCGAAGCUGGCAAUUCCAACGAAGGAAUGUCUAAUGCUCUGAAGAAAUAUGUGGUGUAUACCAUUAAACUAAUUAAUGUGGAAAUUCCCAACGAUGAGAUAUUGACACGAAGAAGAUAUAGUGAUUUCGAAAGUUUGAGAGAUGUAUUGACAAAGAUAUUUCCUCUUGUGGUUAUUCCUCCCAUACCUCCUAAGAACUAUUUCAAUUUCUCAGUCUGGAAUGGAUUGGUAGGAACUUCCACCAAUGGUAUUGCUUCAACAAACGGUACUUCAGCAACAGAUUCUUCUUCAAGUGCAUCUGCAGGAGGAAGUGCUCCUGUCACCACAACCACUAGCGGUGGGAAAUCGUUGCCAACAUACUCAUACAUUAAUUCAACCCAUUUAACCAAGAACAAACUAAUUGAACAUCGAAAGCGAUUAUUAACCAAUUUCCUCAAUAAUUGCCUAGAAAUUCGCCAGAUUCGUCAUUUGGAAUUCUUUGCCAAGUUUUUAGAUCCUAACGCCAAUUGGACCGAUGAAAUAGCCUUAAUUACCAGCAAGUUACCCAAAUCUAUAUACUUGCUGAAUCCCGAAAACGGAUUAAAGACAGACCCAGCAUAUUCCCAUUUACCCAGCCCUUCCAGCAAGAACACUAUACUGUUUUUCAAAGAUAAUGGAAAGAGAUUAACCAAAAAGACAAACAAAUUAUUGAGCAAUGAUGAGCUGGCUUCUAGACAACAAUCGAGUCCUGAGAGAGACGAGGUCCAGAAUCAGGAUCUGGCUUCACUGCCACAAACUUUUAACUCGACCCAGUAUAUUGUCAGUACAUCCACGCUUGAUGAUAUUAAUAAGCGGAUAAUGGGAAAUUUCAUUGGCUUGUCAAAUGAUUAUACGGAACUAGGCACCAUCUUUAAUUCAUUUUCAGUUGUUCUUGGAGACUUUCCUGGUAAAUCUAAACUGGAUGACGUGAAAUUGAAUAUAAUUUUCGAUAAGAUUGGUCAACUGUUUGAUCGAAGCUAUAUUACUAUCAAUUCUCUCAUUGGUGAAUUAGAGACCAAGUUUUCCGAACCUUUGGGGGAAGUGGUUCAGUAUACUAGUAUCCUACAAGAUAUUGCCAAAUAUAAAUCAAGAAAAUUCAGACAGAAACAAAUGCUAGAUACAGAUAUUAUUGAGAAGAAGAAAGAUUUGACCGAAUUGUUGCGAUUGGAAGAAGAAUCGUCAAGAAUUGAAACUGCAAUCAAUUCCCAAGGAAUAUCCAAAAAUACCAAAUUCAAUUUGGAAUCUGCCACUUCUAGAAAAUCUGGUCAAUCUCCCCUUAAACCAACUAGUAAUCCACAAGCACAAUCCACCACAACAAGCAAGUUUCGAUUUCCUAGUUUCAAGAAAAUUACACAAUAUGUAAGUGAAAUAAUAGAUCAGAACCCACAACAAACGCGAAAGCAGAAAAUCGUGCAACUUCAAAACAAGAUUAAAAUAUUGGAAAGAUGUCAAGAUAUAAUGUUGGCUGAUUUAUCAUUUAUUGCUGAUGAGGUCAAUAAGAACAUUGCAGCUUUCCAUACGCGACAAUUGAAGAUGAUUUACGAGAUUUUAUUAUGCUAUAAUCGAUUUUUGAUAGGGUGGGCAAAGAAAAAUAUAGAUAUAUGGGAAGAGGUGAAAGAAGAAAUUAUUAAACUAUAGGCAGAAUAAACUAGAUAGUAUUAUAAUUCUAUGGAACUGACAAGUAUUCAAUGACAGCUGGUCCCCAUUCAUCAGCACGUUUGUACUGGGAAAUAUCCUCGGGCAACCCACGGAUUGCACCGAUUAAUCUAUCACAAACUUCUCUCCCUUCCCUUUUGACCUCUGCUAGUGGAAGAAGGUAUGUUCUAAUAGUAAAUACCAUUGCUCCUGAUUUAGGUAAUUUUGUCAAACAUUGACGUUCACUUCUGUAAUGUACUUGUUUCUCAAAAUCCAAUUCUUCUAUACGUAAGGGUUCUUGAACGUACCCUUCUGGCAAAUUAUGGCCUUUGUUUGCAUCAUCAACGUAAAACUUGGGAUGGGUUUGCAUAGAAAAGUUCAGUCUAGUUACAAAUUGUCCUGGUUGAAGUCGAUUAAAGAAUCUAUUCAUGGACAUCUUCAACUUCUCGGGGUAUCCAGGAAUUGGAUGAUGGACAAAUGAAAGUGGCUUGUUGAAUCGAUCUUUAGGAUCAAAUCCAGCUGCAAAUGCAAAAACCCCACCUUUAAAGAAAUAUUCAGUUCCGUCAAUUUCAUGCUCUCUAGUGGGAUCCUUUAAAAGAAUAAUGAAAUCUUCUUCGAUAUUCUCCACCAAAUACUCCUCAAGAGUAAUUGCUUCAACUGUGCUGUUAUCUACAGGAUAACACUUGUCAGUGAUACCAUUGUGGUAUUGAUUUCCCACUUUUUUGAAAUACAUGGGAUAUUUAUCACACAUAUAUUGCAUGACGAUAUCGUAAAAUUCACGGAUGGCGGGAAUAGCCUCGUCGGUGACAAAUAACGACGAUGAUCUUGUGUCUUUAUCCUUAGGAUAGUCUUCAUGACAGUUAUGGACAAUCUUCAGUUUAUUUUCUAUACGAUUCAAAUAGGUAGGCUCAAUCAAUAACCAGUCUUGAACUUCGAGAGUUUUGAUUCCCAUAGUUAGUUUAUACACGGCAUCCUUGAAAGGGUAAGAUUUCAAAGGUGGGUCCUUGUUCCAUUGGAAAGACGGAUCUACUGCUGUUGGCUUGAUCAGUUGGACUGGUUGUCCAUAAAGUUUAGAUUUUGCUGGUAUAAUAGUUUUCUUGGUUCCAGAUAACGGAAAUUUCAAAAAUGUAGAUACGACCACUGCAAGGAAUGCUACACCCCAAGUCAAUACAUUCCAAUUAGGUUGAGAGAGAAAAACUUGGAUAUAUCCUUGUGUAGAAUUCAUAAAGUUUUAC